CCCAUGUCCCCAACUGCUUGCUCGAGUCGGAUCGAGUUGAUAUUUUUGUGGCAUUUUUUUUUUUUUUAACAUACUCAAUGAGUUAAGUACGCUUGAGAAAUAUUAAGCUAUGAACUGUUGCUUUAUAAAUACAAUUGACUUCUUUUAUGAUAGCAUUCAUGAACAGGUUCCUCCCCAGGCUUCUUUCUUUAUCCAAAAUUCAAAACCAAAAUGGAAAAUUUCUACCAUGUCAUGUUUUGUUGUGUCUUUUUUUCCCACCUCAUGAAAACAUCUGCAGUGUCAUGUUAUGUUGAAAGCAAGAAGUCAUGUCAUUCAGCAGUAACACUUCCCAUCUGUCUCAGCACAUCGUGUCUGUGUAUAAAUACCACACAUUGGAUGACUGCGGCCACAGGAAGCGACGAUUGUCAGAGGCUGAAGUCGAACACUUUUAAUUGGCAAAUACAUCGCUAAGAUGGAGACCAAGAAGAGCGCAAGAAAAUAUGACACAGGGGAAGUGGGCAAAGAUUUAUCAGAGCAGAUUAAAGCGGCCACAAAAGACAACCACGAGAGAGCUGAAAACACAGAGUUGAUGCUGAGUUAUCAAAGGGGAGAGAUCACCCUGCCGCAGUACAAGCUCCUGCUGUGUUCCCUCCACGAGAUCUACAAGGUGCUUGAAGAGGAACUAGAUAAGAAUUGUUCCCAUCCAGCGGUUGCACCGAUAUACUUCCCGCAGGAACUUGCUCGCCUGGAAUGCCUCGAGAGUGACCUGGAGCAUUUUUUUGGCCCCGAUUGGAAGGGGAAGACAAUUAUUCCUGCGGCAACACACAGAUACACUCAGAGGCUGCGAGAGAUCGGUAAAAAGAAUCCGACGCUCCUGGUGGCACACGCCUACACGCGAUAUCUCGGGGAUCUGUCAGGAGGACAAGUGCUCGGGAAAAUUACCCAGAAGUCCCUGAAACUGACAGGCAAAGAGGGCCUUUCGUUUUUCUUCUUCCCCGGCGUGAGUAGUCCUAACCGCUUCAAGCAACUGUACAGGAGCCGCAUGAACGCCAUCGAGCUGACUGAGGAGGAGACGGCGGCUGUGCUGAAGGAGGCGGUCGCAGCCUUCGAGUUCAACACCCAGGUUUUUGAUGACUUGCAGAAAAUUUUGUGUGUCACAAGGGAACAACCUAAGAACAACUCAGCCAGUCUUCCACUUCCUCCACUCGCACAUUUCACCGUGGGGCUAUGUGUCACACUGGCUACGAUUGGAAUGGGAAUGUAUAUCUUGUAGUAUCAGUCAACACCACAUGCAACAAUAGCACUUUACUAAUCCUUUUUAGCUAAUGCAACAAAUCUCAUUGAAACCAAAACCAACAAUGGCUUCUAAAAUGUCAUUUGUAUUUGACUGAACCUGCUGUAUACCCUUACUUUUGUUAUAUUACUUCCAAGUGAUAUUACUGACUUUGAUUUUAUGUAUCUAAAUAUAUAAAACAUGAGAAACUUGCAACAGGUGAAAGAGGCUUGCUGUAUUGCUUAAAAGGACCAAACGUGUUAGAAUACAGAUGAAAAAUAGUUGCCAACAGUGCAACUGAAACCACGAGGCCUCGGUUCCGAAGCCAAAGAAUGUCUGAGCUAAACCUGAUCACUAACACUUGGGAACUCUAACAAUUCUUUGUAUAUUAUUUAGUAAGCUGAUUGCAUUCAUUUUUCUGAUUUCAUUGAAAUACAGCAUAUAAAAACCAUCCGUUUAAUUCAUUUAGCCCUUCUGAUGCAUUAAUGUUAUUCAACAAUAGGUUGCCAAGAUUGUUAAACUGCUAUAUUUAAAGUAGAUUCAUUGGUGAAUGAUUAAAAGUAAUAAAUACAAGUUUUUAAAAAUUCAUUUGUG